AUGGCUCAACUUUUAAGUAGUAUUUUUUUGAAAAAUUAUAAAAAGCCUAUAUAUAGACUAAAAUGCAAGUACUCCCUAAUCGAUUUAAACAAGGGUAAGACCGAAAUAUUAAAGAUUGAAAAGUAAAAUAGAUAAACAAGUGAUAGUAAAUAGCAAAUUAGUAACUCAGAGGUGUCUGAAAAUAACUAAGAAGAAGAUGUAAAAAUAGUUAUGUUUUCAGGAAAUCCAGGAUAUAUCAGAUUUUACGAUAGAUUCUUGCAUGAACUGUCAAAAUAAUUAGAAAAUAAAUUCGAUAUAUAUGGAAUAGGACAUUUAGGAUAGUUUAAUUACUAAAAUAAACCUAUCCAUAAUGAUUUUUCAUUGACUGAUUAAAUUGAUUAGAAAGUAGAGUUUAUGAACUAUCUAUUUAAGAAAUAUCCUAAAAGCAAAUUUAUUUUGAUAUCUCAUUCAAUAGGUUCAUACAUUGUUCUAAACAUGCUUGACAGAAUCCCAUCAGAAAAAAUAGUAUAUAGCUAUAAACUUUAUCCUGUGAUUGAAAGAAUAAAGGAAACUCCAAAUGGUAUUCAUAAAGCUAAAUUACCCUAUUUUCCUUACAUCUAUCUCUCUAGCUUUGCUGUUGGCUUUUUUUCUUAUUUACCAAUGUCACUUAAGAGAGUAAUUUCAAAAAUUUACUUAGAAUCUGAGCUAGGCAACAUCAAAGAAGAUGUUUCAGAUAUGGCAGAAAUAUUUGCAACCUAUGCUACUUACAGCAACUUUUACUCUAUGCUAUAUAUGACAAAAACAGAAUAUUAAAUGCUCAAUGAAAGAUAGGCAAAGUUGCUUGAUAAGUUUUCUUAAAAGAUGAUGCUCUAUUAUGGAAUAGAUGAUGCAUGGUGCCCAAUACAGUACUAUAAAGACAUAAGAAUUGAUAUGCCUCAUUUAAAUGCUAAAUUAGAUGAAAAAGGAUUUUUGCAUGCAUUUGUAAUUGGUGGUUCUACAUUAAAAUCUGAGUUGAUUUCUGGAUGGAUUAAGUAAAAGUUAGAUGAAAUUGACUAUGAAUAUUGA